CGGGAAUUUAAAGAUGGAGGAAGAAGUUGAAACCGAUGUAUUGAAUCUGUCUGGUCAGAAUUUGAGUAGAAUUCAACUUCCUCUGAACCUGGAUCCUACAACUAUAAUACUGGAUAAGAAUAAUAUCUCUAAAAUAGAGAAUCUACAAAAAUGUCUCAAUUUGAAACAGCUUUCAGUAGCAGGAAACAGACUUGUUCGGAUGAAUGGAGUUUCUAAUUUAACAAAUCUUACAGUUCUUAAUUUACCUAACAACAGCAUUGUAUCUAUAGAAGGACUGAAAGACUUGACCUCCUUAGCCUGGUUGAAUCUGUCUGGGAACAGUAUAAAGGCUAUAGAAAACCUUAGUGGUAGUAUAAAUUUGCGUCACCUAGAUCUAUCUGACAACAGUGUUUCUACAUUAACAGAUAUAUCCAACCUACAGAACCUCAGGACUUUCCUGUUACAUGGUAAUAUUAUAACAUCCCUGAGAACUAUACCACCAUGCUUACCACACAGUCUCUGUAUAUUCUCACUGGCAGAGAAUGAGAUAUUAGACAUGAAUGAGGUAGCAUACCUGUCUUGUUUACCUAACUUGGAACAAUUAUCUCUAAUGAAUAACCCAUGUGUUCUGAUGACAGCAUCUACACCUGGAUUUGACAGCAGACCAUAUAUUGUUAACUGGUGCAUGAAGCUUCAAGUUCUUGAUGGCUACAAAGUCACAGAAAAAGAAAGAUUAAAAGCCGAGUGGUUAUAUAGCCAAGGUAGAGGAAGACACUUCAAGCCAGGUCAGCAUGCAGAACUAUGUCAGUAUCUGUCAAAUACUUGUCCUCUGACGGCCAGUGCGGAGCUUGAAAGUCAGGAAGAUGCAAAAUUAAGUCAAAUAUUGUACAAACAGAAACUUCAUCAACAACAACUGCAGCCUUCAAGGCAACAGUCACCAAGGCAACAAAACAGUCAUUUACAGUCACCUGCUAGACAAGAAAACAACUUAUCUGCUAAUUCUUUUUCUAGUUCUGGUCAACUAUCAGAAUCAUCUCGAGGUCCUCCACCAUCAGCCCAGGUAGCAGGAUGGAUACACAGAAGUGGUUCAUCCGAGUUCUCUGGCGCUGGGAAUGAAAUCAGGGCGACUCAGUGUAAUGACUUAACAGUACAGGACGUAAUUCAUGAAGAGUAUGAAACCAGAAGCCAGACCAGUCUACUUGAUUCAGAUUCAAUAUAUUUACCAAUCAAUACAAGACCAAUGACCGCGCCUGCAGUUUCUAAUUCCUCUCCUGUUGCUAAUUUUCAGCAUGUUUUGAGACGUGAAAAUCGUCCUGCAACAAGUGCAGAAAAUCGCUAUGAGGCUUAUGACAGGAGAGUUGCAAAGCCUUUAAAUCAGGAUGUAAAAAGUAAACCAAAUUUUCAGGUAUCACCCCCUCAACAGUCUGGGAAUGAACCUGCAGUAAUGACAAAACGUUCCACGCCACCUGUAGCUCAGGCACAUGACUAUGAUACGAGUCAAGAAGUUUCUCAAAUUGAGGAAAUAAUUGCUUCUCCCCCUACAGAACAUGUUCCUGAGCAAGAAGUAGCAAGUAUAAAAGAUAAAGUAGAAAAACGAACUAGAAAAGCUACUGGGUCAUUAAAGCGUUCUUCAUCUAAUGAAAAAUCUAGACCCCAGACUAGUUCAAAACGAACUACUGUGAAAACCACAGACUCAUCUGGUGCCAAAAAUAGUGCAAUACCUGUGUCUCGUAGCACAAACUUAUAUCGUACACAGUCAGACUAUAUACCUGGCAGAUAUGCCCAUAAUGCAAGAAAAUCUGGAGAUUCGACAGAAACAACUGAUAAGUCAAAAACUAGGACAAGAGAAACAAGAAAUAGUGUUCGUGAUUCAGGAUUUAUGUCUCGUCCCGUUAGUGAUGCUGUACUUGAGGAAUAUACACCUGAAGAACAUAAAGCAGCCAUAAUGAUACAGACAAGAUGGCGAGGGUACUGGACGAGACAACACCACCCUGAGGCUGUGUCUGUGAGGAAGGAGAUGAGAGCCAAGAGAGCAGAAGACCAUAUCGUUAUCCUUAGAUCAGAGUUAGAUAAACAAAGAAAACUUUAUGAAGAUGAAAAACAUCAGAGAGUUUUACAACUAGAAGCCUUAAGAUAUUUGUGGAAAGAGGUGCAGUCUUUACAGAGUUGGAAGAACGAGGUGCUAGAUUCUCAGUCCUUUAAAUCUACAAACAGACAUGACGAUAGCUACAGUGAGGAAAUACAAAAUACACUACAAGCCAUGGAUACAGGAAGAUCUAGUCGGCAUGGUAACACAGUAGAUAUGGAACGUCACACAGAACUAGAAAAAGCAUGUGCAAGUUUGCAAAACCAGGUAGCACAGUUAUCCCAAGCUUUACAGUCUGUUUCUAGUGUUGUGUUCCAGAGUGGAUAUUUCAACUCCAUGGAUACUGGCAACAACACUUCUCUAGAAGGCACCAUUAUGGUAACUGGGUAUGAUGAUGACGAUGAUACAUCAAGUUGUGAUGAAAACACAGAAACAGAAGCAAGAUGGGGAACAGUACCACAUUCCUUAUCUCCCUUCCCAUCAGAGGAAGAAGAGACCUAUUUUAUGAGUGUUCCACAGCCAGGAUUUCCUACACCACCAAGAAAUGUCAAGUUAGAACACAAGGGGAAUAACUCUGUAGUGUUGUCAUGGAACCAUUCUAAAAUUCUAGAUAACAUGAAUAGAGAAACAAGUAAAUCUAUUCUGGGGUACAGAGUGUUUGUAGAUGAAAAUGCCAUAUCUAUGAUUCCUGCCAACAUGCAGAAGGCAUUGUUACAUGGAUUAGAUACAAAUCACACUUACAAAUUAUAUGUGAAAGCUGUGUCUGCUCUUGGUGAAUCUAAUAUGUCAAAUAUUAUCAUGGCUGCCUUGUCAAAACUUUCUGGUAAAAAUGUCAGGACAUGUUCUUAUAGCAGUGACAGUGAUAAUAAUAGAUCAGAUGAUAGUGAAAAGGAGGCUGACCUAGAUUCAACUGAAAGUUCUGAUGUCACACGUUACAGAAUGGAGAAACAAAGGCGACAAAAACGAAUAAAAUCUCCUCGUCAAGAUAGAAGAAUAACACAGAGAAAGGAAUCUAGUGCAAGUGACCAGGAUCCAGUAAGGGAACCAGAGCAGUCAAAGUCAUCCAGACCAAGUUCAAGGUCAGGUUCAGCUGCAGAUGGAAUUUUUAUACAGCCUAAGCUACAUACACAUAAACGUAGUCGUAGUAGAGAUUCUAGGGGUCAGUCUCCUGAUUCUGAACUGAAGGAUCAGCAUGACUCUUCAUCACAGAGGAGUCAACCUAAAAUAUUCCAGCCAUCAAGUAGUAAACAAUCCCCUCCAGCUGGCAGUCAACAUCAACACAGAGAUUCAUCUAUAAUGGGAUCCAAAAUGUCAGAAACUUUUACUAUUGAGACACAGAAUUCAUUGAUGCAGGUGAUUUCUGCAGCUCAUAGCCAAAUUCAAGAAAGUCAUGAAAAAACAACUAAAGGUCAUAAAAGGACCCGAAGUAAGGACCUGGCAUAUUAUGGAAGUUCUGAAAGUGUUCAUGCUACGGAAAGUGCACCAACAUCCUCCCCAAAGCCAUCCAGACGAGAUAGUUCUGGUGGACGGGGCUCAGAUAAUGAUAGUACAAAGAGUGAAAAAACUCAUAGGAGAACAAGCAGUAAAGAUUAUGAAUGGAGAAAAGAUAUUGACAGUAAUACCCAUGCUAAGAAGGGUGAAGGUCAUGGUGUUCCUGUAAUUGAUGCCAGAAGACGUCAUAAUUCUGGUAGUCGACCAAGUAGUCCUGCUCCUUCAGAUGCAUCUGAAAAAUCUCUUCCAGAUAAGAAAAGGACAGUAGCAGAGUUUCUUGAACACAGGAGCUCUACAAAAAUAGCUGGUCAGAAUUCUGAGAGAAGUCCAUCAGCUGGAGGUGUGGAUUACAGUGAAACACAUACAGCAGCCCUGCCACCUCGUCACAGGAAGUCAAACAGCAGUAAUGAAGACAUAGCUUCCGAUGUUAGGAGGUCACCAUCUAAAAACUCCUCUCCAACAUACAGUGACAGUAGGCGAAGAGCUCAUUCCAAUAGCUCAGAUCCUGACUUAAGUGAACUCCAAUCAUCGUCUGCAGCAAGGCAGUUAGACAUGGAGAAAAAGACAAACAGUGGAAUUGUCAGCAAACUUUUACAAAAAUUACAAACAUUUUCCAAAAGUCAGGAAGAAACAUUAAGAGAAAGAGGACAUAAAAUAAAGAAAAAGUCAGAGUCCCAGAAUUUGAACCCAGAGGAAGGCAGACGACCGAGACGAACGAGUGGAAGUGACCAGGAUAUGAGUCAGGAUUCUAAAGGUGUACCACAAAGUGAUAGUUCUUCUGGUACCCAGUCUGAUGAUCCACAGACGGCCAAGAAACCAUACCAAACACACAGGAGGUCACGAUCAGAUCAGCGUGUCCCGUUUACUCCAGCCACACCUACUAAACAGAACUACACAGAGCCACAAUGGGUGGUAGAUCCUUCUAGUCAACAGACGACAGACCAAUGUGUUCAGCCCAACUAUUCACAGCCAGUCCAAUACCAGCAAGAUUCCUGUGUGUCCGUACCACAGCCUGGAUCCAAUGUGAAGAGAACAGCUUCAUUUCAUGGAGUUGUACAACCAAAACAGCCUGAUGUGGCACCAAGGAGAAGUGGAUCAGAGGAGAACAUAAACGACAAGUCAAAUGUAGCUCAGGGAGACCCCCAUUACCAACAAGUACCUUUACAGGAAAUGAUCGGCAUGUUCAGUAGAAAACAGAGACAGGGGAUGUCUAGUGUUCAUCAUAUACCUAUCUUAUCUGGUGCACAGUUACAGAAAUCACAGAAACAACCACCGUCAUAACAUCAACUAUAUUAGUUAAUGUAGCUAGCCAUCAUAGCAUAUCAUUGCCCAUUUGUGACUCAGACAGUAUGAAUAUGAACCAUUGUAGUUACCUGCCAUCUAAACAUUUCACCAUAGAAUGUCAUUGCUACCAUCAUAUCAUGUUCGCCAUAAUUUUGAAGUUGCCGACCAACUUACCAUCAUUGAAAUACAAUAGACCAUUUAAUUUUGGUCUUCAUACAUAUUGUCAGUCAUAUUAAGAAUUUGCAAAAUAGUGAAAAUUUUAUAAAUCAGUCGCUAUAAAAUUUGCAAUGUUAUGUAGGCAUUACUAAACUUGAUGUUUGGAUUGUACAGACAAAUUUUGAAGACAAUAUUGACCAAUGUUUGUAAUAUAAGAUAGAAACAACUGCCAGUGCUUCAUUGUACAUAAUUAUUAUUUCCCUUACAUUUUUUAUUAAUAUAAUGACCAAAUUAUAUUAGCAAACAGACCCUUUACAUAUAUUUAAUUAAUAUUUGAUUGCAUUUAUAAGUUGAUUUGAAAUUUGAAACUCUCUCUAAAUUAAAUACAGCAUCUUUUGUAUCAUACUAAAGAACUACAGAAAAAAUAUUUUAAAUUUGAUUUGGAAUUGGCCGUUUCAGAACCUAAAGCAUCAUGGGUAAUUUCAUUGUUCGUACCCCAAAAUGAAAAUAAUGUCACGUCAUUGGUUAAAUUUCCAUUGUUUAUGACAUAUUUAACCAAUCAGGAGGUUUUGGUGUAUACUUUUGAUAAUAUUACCCAGGAUGUAUUAGAUUCCGAAACAGUGAAUUGAAGUAUAUAGUUAAAAUAGUGAAAUGUCUUAUGAUAAUGAUAUAAUGUUGUCAUUUUCCCAAUGAUAUAACUUUGAUUACAGGUUUUACUGUAUAUAGUACAAACAAACUGUCUUUAUAUUGAAGUGUAUAUAUUUACUGUACAAAUCAAGUCUCAGUAUAGGACCACAUUAGAAGGAAUUAUUCCAUUCUGAUGCUAUAAAUGGUAUUGUAAAAGUUCUGUUGCAUUUAUAGUUUUGUUUUCUUGUAUAAGUUAACACAUUAUUUGAGCGUACAAAAUCUUAGGAGAGAAAAAACACAUUCCACCUUUAUUUUGUAUAUGUAACAUACAUGUAUUUCUGAAUAUGUGUCUUAACUUAUAAGCUGUCAGACAGACAGUUUUUUAUGGUGCUUAUUUUCAUGUUUUUUCUUUGUUUUACUUAGUUAUAGUUUUAAAAGAAAACCUGUUUUGUUGAUGCACAAAAUGUUAUUGCUUAGAGUGAUUAACAUCCUGAAAAUAUUCUGUAUUUCACUCAACCCUCUUUUAUCCCUUUAUUAAGCUGAUUUUAACUAAAUUUAUUUUUCCACCUUUUUUCUACAAAAAAGUAAAUAGAAAUCUGAAAAUUGUCAGUUCUUUACAGCUAAUUUCCUAAUGCAUGUAAAGCAAAACUUUGGUUGGCUUGCUUGCUUUGUUUGUAUAAUUGUUUAUACAAGCUUUGAAAAUAAGAUUGACAUCUUUAAACAAUAUAUAUAGACAUAGUUUAACCUGUAUAUAUAAUAUUUGAAUUUAAUUAGGUGUUAUCCUAAUGAUUGUACAAUAUAAAAAAAAAGCAAGCAAGCUAACUAAAGUCUUGCUCUACAUGCUUUAGGAAAUAAGCUGUAAAUAUCAAAUGGUUUGUAGAUGUAGAUGUUAUGUCUUCCAGGCAUAUGUUGGUGUAUUAAAAAAGGUCUUUCAUUACAGUAUUUUAAAUGUGAUUGAUUUUAUUUGUAAGACUACAUUUUACUGUACUAUUUAUUAGACAGAUUUUAAUCAGGAAAAAAGUUUUUCCUUCCAACUGAUGUUAUUCAAUUUCUUUAGCUUCAGAGUAGGGUGAACAAUAAAUGUUGAUGAUUGAACA